AACUGCUGAUGGAUCAGUGAGCUGUGUUCACGCCAGUGAGCUGCUGUUGCUCAGAUACUAAUACUUUCUUUCCAAACAGCAUAAGAAGUAAUUGAGUCACAAGUACACUGAAGGAAGGGCACCCUCGAGCUGUGGCGUGAAGAGAGAAAUCACCAGUCACAGACUAUGCACCCGACUGCUGCUGCUCAGUCCAGGGAAAAUGAAAGUUGGAGUGCUGUGGCUCAUUUCUUUCUUCACCUUCACUGAUGGCCACGGUGGCUUCCUGGGGAGAAAUGAUGGCAUCAAAACAAAAAGAGAACUCACUGUGAAUAAGAGAAAACAUCUAGGCCCAGUCCAAGAAUAUGAGCUGCUGCUUCAGGUGACCUAUAGAGAUUCCAAGGAGAAAAGAGAUUUGAGGAAUUUUCUGAAGCUCUUGAAGCCUCCAUUAUUAUGGUCACACGGGCUCAUGAUUAUCAGAGCAAAGGCUACCACGUACUGCAACAACCUGAAUGGGGUCCUGCAGUGUACCUGUGAAGACGGCUACACCUGGUUUCCUCCUUCAUGCCUCGAUCCCCAGAACUGCUACCUUCACACGGCUGGAGCACUCCCAAGCUGUGAAUGUCAUCUCAACAAUCUCAGCCAGAGUGUCAAUUUCUGUGAGAAAACAAGUAAGCAACUAAGAAUGCUCGGGCUGGGUCUUCUCUCACCCCAACAUGCAACAGAGAAGGGACUUUGGCUCAUCGUCUUGCUAGUCACUCUUAAAAAAGCAUACAAAAGAAUUCAAGGUUUUGAGUCUGUUCAGGUCACCCAAUUUCGAAAUGGAAGCAUCGUUGCUGGGUAUGAAGUUGUUGGUUCCAGCAGUGCAUCUGAACUGCUGUCAGCCAUUGAACAGGUUGCCGAGAAGGCUAAGACAGACCUCCACAUGCUGUUUCCAUUAGAAGACUGCUCUUUCAGAGUGUUCAGAAAAGCCCAGUGUAAUGACAUUGUCUUUGGAUUUGGGUCCAAGGAUGAUGAAUAUACCCUGCCCUGCAGCAGUGGCUACAGGGGAAGCAUCACAGCCAGGUGCCAAUCAUCUGGGUGGCAGGCCAUAAGGGAGACUUGCGUGCUCCCUCAGCUUGAAGAGCUGAAGAAGAGUUUCAGUAUGAUUGCAGGCAAUGCCACUGAGGCAGCUGUGUCAUCCUUGGUGCAAAAUCUUUCCGUCAUCAUUCGGCAAAGCCCAUCAACCACAGCCGGGAAUCUGGCUUCGGUGGUGUCGAUUCUGAGCAAUGUUUCAUCUCUGUCACUGGCCAGCCAUUUCAGGGUGUCCAAUUCAACAAUGGAGGAUGUCAUCAAUAUAGCUGACAAUAUCCUUAAUUCAGCCUUAGUAACCAACUGGACAGUCUUACUGCAGGAAGAAAAGCAUGCCAGCUCACGGUUACUACAGACAUUGGAAAACAUCAGCACUCUGGUGCCUCCGACAGCUCUUCCUCUGAAUUUUUCUCGGAAAUUCAUUAACUGGAAAGGGAUUCCAGUGAACAAAAGUCAACCCAAAACGGAUUACAGCUAUCAGAUUGAAAUAUUACCCCAAAAUUCAAGUAUUCCCAUCAGAGGCCGUGUGUUAAUUUGGAAAGACCAAUUCCAGAGAUCCCUUCCAGAAACUAUUAUCAGCAUGGCCUCGUUGACUUUGGGGAACAUUCUACCCAUUUCCAAAAAUGGAAAUGCUCAGGUCAAUGGACCUGUGAUAUCCACAGUUAUUCAAAACUAUUCCAUAGAUGAAGUUUUCCUAUUUUUUUCCAAGAUAGAGUCAAACCUGAGCCAGCCUCAUUGUGUGUUUUGGGAUUUCAGUCAUUUGCAGUGGAACAAUGCAGGCUGCCACCUAGUGAAUGAAACUCCAGACACCGUGGUGUGCCGAUGUACUCACUUGACCUCCUUCUCCAUGUUGAUGUCACCUUUUGUCCCCGCUACGAUCCUCCCCGUGGUAAAAUGGAUCACCUAUGUGGGACUGGGUAUCUCCAUUGGAAGUCUCAUCUUAUGCCUGAUCAUCGAGGCUCUGUUUUGGAAGCAGAUUAAGAAAAGCCCAACCUCUCACACACGUCAUAUUUGCAUGGUGAACAUAGCCCUGUCCCUCUUGAUUGCUGAUAUCUGGUUUAUUGUUGGUGCCACAGUGGAUGCCAUGGUGCACUCUUCUGGAGUCUGUACAGCUGCUGUGUUCUUUACACAUGUCUUCUACCUCUCUUUGUUCUUCUGGAUGCUCAUGCUUGGCAUCCUGCUGGCUUACCGGAUCAUCCUCGUGUUCCAUCACAUGGCCCGGCAUUUGAUGGUGGCUGUCGGAUUUUGCCUGGGUUAUGGGUGCCCUCUCAUUAUAUCUGUCAUUACCAUUGCUGUCACACAACCUAGCAAUACCUACACAAGGAAAGAUGUGUGUUGGCUUAACUGGUCCAAUGGAAGCAAACCACUCCUGGCUUUUGUUGUCCCUGCACUGGCUAUUGUGGCUGUGAACUUCAUUGUGGUGCUGCUAGUUCUCACAAAGCUCUGGAGGCCGGCUGUUGGGGAAAGACUGAGUCGGGAUGACAAGGCCACCAUCGUCUGCAUGGGGAAGAGCCUCCUCAUUCUGACCCCUCUGCUAGGGCUCACCUGGGGCUUUGGAAUAGGAACACUAGUGGACAACCAGAAUCCGGUUUGGCAUGUUAUUUUUGCUUUACUCAAUGCAUUACAGGGAUUUUUUAUCUUAUGCUUUGGAAUACUCUUGGACAGUAAGCUGCGACAACUUCUGUUCAACAAGUUGUCUGCCUUAAGUUCUUGGAAGCAAACAGAAAAGCAAAACUCAUCAGAUUUAUCUGCCAAAUCCAAAUUCUCAAAUCUUUUCAACCCACUGAAAAACAAAGGCCAUUAUGCAUUUUCUCAUACUGGGGAUUCCUCCAACAACAUCAUGCUAACUUAGUUUUUCUCAACUGAAUAAGGCAAGGAACCAUAAAAUCAAGAAAAAAUUUUCAAAACAACUUGACAUUUAGAGAUAAAUGUCAAUGAAGAAAUUAUGCUCAGUAUUCGAUCGGGUUUUCUGAUUUAGGGGUCUGGGAAUAAAACAAGAAUGUCUCAGUGGUUUCAUUACUGCUCCCUUUUGUCUUCAAUUAAAUGAAAAGAAGAUUUAUUUCCAUGUGAUUUGAUUCAAAGAAAGUGCUCCAUAAAUGCAGAAAAGCAGGUUUUGCUGGAAAUUGUAUCAGUUGUACCUUGACCAUAAAUAUGGUUUCUAUUUUCAUAAAACAGCACUGUUCACAUGCCAUUUCCAAUAAUCUGGAUUGAAGUAAGAAAAUUUGAUGAAAUAGCUUUAGAUAAAUUAAUAGGCCAUGUUCAUUUUCUUGUUAAAAAAUUACUGGUUGGGGGGCGUGGGGAAAAGUUAUUAGUGCAAAUUUCCUAGGAAAAAAAAUUUGUCUUUCAAAUCUUCCAGUUGAAUUUUAUGUUUGCUUUUGCUUUUUAGGUUCUAUCACUUAACAUUGAAAGUUAUUCAGAAAUAAAAUGAAAACUUCCAUUUCAGAUAGCUUUGUAACCAUUUAUCAGAAAGUAUAAUAAUGUGAUUUGAUAUGUAAUGUGGCAUUUUUCAGUUUACAAGGCACUUUCAUCUGGUCCCACACCCUGCAAACCGAAGUGUCAAGGCAGACCUAGUGCAGAGAUGAGGGCAUGGGGGCUUAGAGAGGUAAAGUGACUUGCCAAAGAUUGUGAAGUCAGUUAAGUGGAAUUGGGGAUUUUUAGGACUUUUGUCUCCCAGACCAUUUCUACAGCCAAUAAAAGCCUUGAAAAUUA